UAUUCAUGGUCGACAGGUAUAUAACACAGCCAGGUGUCAUGUCCGUCAUAUUAUGUACUUUAUGUAUAACGUGUAUAAAAGCUAAAUAAAUAUCAGUAGAAAAAAAAAACUCAGAACUAUUAGUCCGGACUACCCCGAGUGAGGAUUCGUUGGUACAUACGUUCUCUGUUCAUCCCAAUCCCUUUAAAUCGGAUUGGGGCAUCCAGAAGUCUUGUUUAUUUUUCGACCUGAUCAGCCAAUGAGAACAUGGCACAUGGAAUCUUGGAAGAAUAAUGAAGUAUUUACAAUAGAAGGCAGAGAAGCGGUGCUGUGGACGGAUCUUGUAGAUGCCGGGAACUUGGAUUAUCAUUUGUGGCCUUGUUUAUCGGCUGUAAGUGAGAGGCUCCGGUCAGAUCUUGUCACCAAUAACUCCGCUAAUGGGCAUGUCUACGUGAGGUUGGAUAUUCACAGAUGGCGUAUGCUGUUCAGAGGCAUCAAAGUGCAGCCAUCCUUUUGUAUAAAAAAAUUGAAAUAA